CCAACAUCCCACCUUCUAAAAAUAAAUAUUUAUUGUCACAAUUUAUCAACCUUCAAAAUUCAUCAUGAAAAAUCUCAUCAUUUCUUUCUUCUUCAUUUUCUUCCUCUUUAGUGUCACCAUUGCAACCCGACCCGACCCAACUACCAACAAAUCCAAAAGUACUAACAAGAAAGGUGGUCAAGACAACGGCAACGGGUUUUUUGGACCCGGGUCAGGAGGCGGGUUUAACAUACCCGGGUUCGGUAACAACUGGCCCGGAAACGGUGUUGGUGGCGGGUACGGGUCGGGUUAUGGAGGCCCGAAAGGUGGUCAUUCUAAAAGUGGGGUUGUUAAACCAAGUGUUGUGUGUAAAGAUAAAGGGCCUUGUUACAAGAAAAAGCUGACGUGUCCAAGUAAAUGUUUCACUGCUUAUAGCCGCUCCGGCAAAGGGUAUGGUGGUGGUGGUGGCGGAGGUGGGUGUACUAUGGAUUGCAAGAAGUGUGUGGCUUAUUGUUAAACAUAUAUAUAAAAACUAUUAUAGAUGUAUGAUAUAUAUGUUGUAUUUGCCGGAGUUUGGUACGCCGGUUGAGAUAUCAGCCGAGUAAACUGCUUCUUUUUAGCAGUAUGUAUUUCCUUAACACUUUGCAUUAUUAUUAUAUAUUAUGAAAUUAAGUUUGUAUUA